AUGAAUGCCCAAACCACGGUUCCAUCACCGAAAAAGCAUAUAAAGCCCCCUGCACAUCUUUCCGAGUUUUACAACUUUGUGGAUAACUCUCCUGAAAAUGCAGGAUUUACGCAUGAUGCCCGAAGUGAUGCCGGUUUAAGCAAGAAUGCGCCCAAAACGCCGCCAAUUAGGCCUAUGGAAGGUCAUGUGACCACACCCAGUGGAUCACCAACAAAAUCAAUGCCAUACUUUAGAUCGCCAGCUGCUUCACGAACUGAAUCAUACCAGGCUUCGACGAGUCCCUCUACAAUGGAUUUGGAAACUCUUAUCACGAAUAAUGAUGUGAAUGAGACAUUAGGCUGCUACGAAUCGCUUAUUAAGGCCUCGGAGAAGUACAGGGCAGCUUUGAACAUGCUGGAUUCUGCAGCGGGUGAGUUUGGAAGCUCGUUGGAGAAGUGUGCUCGUCUUAAAGGCACGGGUAAAGCCUGUGAUGGACUUAUGGCUUGUAGUGGCUUACAAUACUUGAUUGCGAACCAGCAGCAGAUUCUCGUGCGAAAUCUAGAAGCAGACUUUGAGGAGCCAGUUGGAACGAUCAUCAGUGACUUCUCCAAUCGCCAUAAAAGUACAGAGGAGGAAUUCACAAAGCUGAUAAAUGACAAGGUGCGGCAGCUCAAAUUGAACGAGAAGACCAACAUCAAGUUGAGCAAGAAGAAGUACCGGAAUAUAAUAUCGUACCGGACGAAUCUUCAGCAGUUGACACAGCAGUUGGAUGAGAUCGAUAAGUUGAAGCAUGACUAUUAUCUAAGUCUUUUCGAACAAGUCCAGAGUGCGUCCCAGUCAAUUUUGGAUAAGGCUAGGGACAUUGUCUCUUUAGAGACCACUAUAUACGAUAUUAUCGCUAAGAAGAGUGCUAUUGGGGGUGGAUUGGACGAUCUGCUUGAAGAUAGUGAGAUUUUGGAACUUAGUGCGAGGGAGAGUACGCCCAAUACUAAUACUGCAGGUAGUGAUAACGGCAGUGGUAAGCUUGAGGUGAAUGGGAGUGUUUCUACUGUAGUUGGGAAGGCUGAGAUCGGUGCUUUGUCGGAUGGAAGUCCGUCAAGUGAUGAAAAUGAGCAUUUAAAGGAUCAUUGUUCGGUAAACGAGGAUGUUAGUGAUCUGGAAAACGAUCGGAGAUACAUGGAAAACGCAAUAAGUACACUUCAUGCUCAGGGAUCGCCGAAAAAGGUGGGGAAUAGUGGAAUAACUGAUAGUGGGAGUGAAGCUAAAGAUUUGAGUGAGGCUAAAGAUUUGAGAGAAGCUCAAGAUCUGAGUGAUGCUAAAGCUGUGAAUGAAGCUGAAGAUCUGAGUGAAAGCUGUGGUGAAGAUGAUAAAGAGAAUACAGAGGGGGAUAAAAUUAAUGAGGAUACGUCUGGAGAUAAAGGUAGUGAGCAUUUGGAUGAAGAUGGUAUGACUUCAGUGUCGAAUAGUGAGGACCGCGAAGUGGAAAAUGAUCAAAACGAUACAUACUACACACCACCAGUGGUAAAAAUUGUGGAAAAAGGUGGUGAUGACCAAAGUAUCGAAUCAGAGGAAGCCCAGCAGUCUCCAAUUGACACAAGCAACGUCUUAAAAGAUCUAAACGGCGUGAGUUCUGAUUCUCUUAAAGACAGCAAGUAG